CAGCAGGAUGCUACGCGCUGCCCUCGCCGUGGCCGUGGUGGUGCUCUGUCCCCUGUUCGGGGACGCUUCGGUCGGCGUGGUCGACACCCAGACGACGCUUGACUGCCACCGGAGGGAGUACACCUUCAAGGCGACGCGCGUGGACACCAAGGGAAACCGGUGCUGGGACGACGUCACCGCCAUGUCCUGCUGGGGCCGUUGCGACUCGGGAGAAAUCGCCGACUGGCGCUUCCCGUUCAAGAAGUCCUUCCAUCCGGUCUGCACGUACGACUCGCGGAGGCUGGUCACGACGCAGCUGCGCAACUGCGAACCCGAGGACCUGGACGAAGAGGACGAGCUGAGGACGUACGACUACUUCGAGGCCCUCAGCUGCUCGUGCCAAGUGUGCGACUCCACCUGGACCAGCUGCGAGGGCUUCAGGCAUCCCUAGGCUCAGCUCGAACGGCCAUUCCUCCCCGACGACCUGCCCCUCCACCACGACAACCACGUUCCAGUCCUGGACGACGACAACGACCAAGACCGCCCGGAACCGCUGGGAACGCUGGGAAAGACUCUGUUAUCGUCCUAAAAGAAAGAAAACCGUACGAUGCCACAUCGUCUCCUCCCAUGACCUGCCA